AUGAGUGGUCCUCGUCCCAAAAGCAGCGGUUUCCGCGAUGAUCCCGAUGCAUUGUCCAUGCAUACGACCGAUGGCGAAGCAUACACCGACGCCGUCGCUGAAGAUGCCGCUGACGAUGCCGCUCCCCCUUACACUCCUGUUGACAACAGCACCGUGAGGCCACCGCCCACUGCUCCCCAAGUCAGAAACCCGUAUGCCGAUGACGAAGACUUGUAUUGGACUGGUGUUACCGAGCCCGAGUCCCAUUUCGCUUUCACCUCGUAUCGCAUUGGCAACAAGCGCACCCGCAUCGGAAACGAGGUGCUCCACCUGCAGGACAAGCGCUCCGACGCCGAUCCUCAGUUUCUCGGGUCGUGGGUUAACCUGAUGGCUCAACUUCCUCCGUCGCCGUACAUUCACAUCGUCGGUACGCACAAGGAGACGAAGCGCGACAAGGAUGGAAAGAAGAGCCGUGAGGAUGUGACGGAUUUUCGCAUCAUGGUUAGCCUGCGCAAUUAUCUGUGGCCCAACUUUAACCCCAAUGGGCCCAACGAGAUGAAACUCUUGACUGCGGAGGGUGGAGAGAAGACGUACCGGGGCACUAUCCUCAAGAAACGUGCCCCUGGAGUCAAGGGUGAUAUCGAGGUUGGCCACGCAAAGCCUACCCUCAAGGAGUGGUGUCAUCGCUACUGUGCCAAUGCAACAGGGACCAAAGUAUUCCGUCUGACUCGUACCGUUACCGGUAUGGACGAGGAACAACUUCGCUCUCGUCUUACAGGCUUGAUCAGGAGCACAAACUACAAGGGCAAGCUCACCAUCGAGUUCCCUGUUGCCGACCGAGCAGUCGACAUCUAUUCGUCUAGCCGACUCAACACAUGGCGGCUGACAACUUGGAUCUGCUGGAUCUUCUACCUCACCUUUCUCUGGAUCUUUGCUUGGCCUGUACUCUUCUUCACCACUAAGCGGUAUCAUGUCGUCCGCGCCGAGUGGCCUUUUGCUCAGGUCGAUGAACAGGGUCGGAAGAGGUAUACUACAGUCAGCGAAGAGCAGUGGACCAGUAGGUACGGCCCUGCUAUCAAGCAGCUGUGUCUGGAUCGGUACGAUGGUCUGGCGGGUGAUGACUACCUGAACGAGGUGCUAGACAGGGCAGAAGCGCAGCAGAACAACAACCAACCUCAGGUUGAUACCCGAGCUGCCCUAGGUGUUGCUGCAGCAGCUUUCCAGGGUGGUCGCUUCAAUGCUGCCAGAGGUGCGAGCAGCCUGUUGCGCUUUGUCGGCGGACAAAACGACCAGGUCGGAUGGGGUUUCGACACAUGA